AUGACAUCGACGGUCCUCUCAGACAAGGUGGACUCCCAGCUCAAGCUGCUGUCUCACGACUUGCAGGCCACCAUGGACGAGUAUCUUGCGUACGAGAAGGGCUCGUACCUCAAGAACAAGUACAAGUUCCUGUCCAACUUGCAGAACGGGUCGUUUGGCCAGGUCACGUGUGCGCUCAACAUGGUGGACAACACCAAGGUGGCCGUCAAGGCGUUGAAGAAGACGAUUCCCGGUAUAUCCUUCAUGGCCAGACACGAGAUCUCCAUCAUGCGCAAGCUAGGGUACCAUCCGAACGUUUGCCAGCUCCUGGAGAGCUUCGAGACUAAGAAGUACAUUGUUCUGGUUCUGGAGUACGUUCCGGGCGGCGACUUGUACGACGCCAUCCACACACAGUCGCCGCUCGGGGUCGAGUACCAGACCAACCCGCAGAUGUUUCUGAGUCUUGUGAAUCAGCUGGCUGAUGUCAUGCGGUACGCAUACUCCCGUGGCGUGUAUCACAGGGACAUCAAGCCCGAGAACGUCUUGUUGAUGAGAGACGGCAGCAUCAAGCUGUGCGACUGGGGGCUUGCCACCUACGCAGGCAAAUGCAGAGACUUCAACGUCGGUACGGAGAAGUACAUGGCUCCAGAGGCUCUUCGUCAGAAGGGCGAGUGGUACGACGCCAAAGGUGCCGACUCGUGGUCUCUGGCCAUCACGUUGCUGUUCACGCUGUUCGGCAAGUGUCCGUUCCGCAAAGCAGACACCAACGACGUGAACUAUGUGAACUUCCUCAAGUCGAAGGAGUUCCUCUACGACUACUACCCCAGCAUCAACGAGGUCUCUUUCAGGGCCAUUGUGGAGUGUUUUAUGGUCGAAAGAGAUCUGGACGGUGGUCUGGAGCUGCUCCGCAGAGAAGGCCCUACCAAGGGCUUCACGCUUGACCAAGAGUACAAGCUGGAGCUUACCAGACGCCAGCAGGAGUUUGCCGUGCAGUCCGACCCGGCUGUUGCCUCUGUGCGCGACGACGAUGUUUUGGGAGGCGAGUUCUUCAUGUUCGACACAGAGCCCGAGUACCGGGUCGAGAUGCUGGAGGAACAGAAGCAGGCUUCUUACGUGGGCGCCCCGCUACGUGCUGUGGACAUCCGUCCUAUUCCCGACUCCGUCGGAACUGCCUACUCCAUCUUCGAUACGCAGGCGCCUCCUUCGCUUACUUUUUCGUAUGAGACCAACGACGGGUUGGUUGGAUCGUGGUGCGACGAGUUUGAUGAAAUGUGCGGUGUGAAGCAUACUAGGUGA